AUGAUUAUUGUUUUACUAUUAUCGUUAUUCAUCUUCACGGACUCUUUUAGAAUCCUGGUAUAUUCCCCAGCGUUUGCCGGUAGCCACACAAAUUUUAUGGCUAGAAUUGCAGACACUUUAACGGAAUCUGGACAUAAUGUAACAUUUUUGUGCCGAUUUUCGAUGAGGCUAGAAAAAAGCGAGGAGAUGAAACUGGACCCUAUCACGGUUGACAACAUAACUGCAACUUACUGGCAUAUCACUGUGAAUUCCAAAGGGGGUCAUUCACUUUUCGAACCAGUUCACAAGCUAACUGUACAAAGUUGUCGAAGCCUGUUCAGUAAUUCUGAACUCCUAGAGACUUUGAGAGCCCAUGAAUACGAUGUUGGAAUAGCCGAACCAUUAAUGACUUGUAGUUUGGUACUUUUUAGACAUCUGAAAAUAGAAAAAGUGAUCCUGGCUAGUUCCUGUCCAAAUUAUGAUUCUGUAAUGGCAGCGAUGGGUGAGCCAGCUGAUACAAGUUACGUGCCUUCAAUAUUCUCAGAAGUUUCUGGAGACCGGAUGGAUUUUGCGGAUCGUCUUGAAAACUACGACAUGUAUAGUUUUAUGAUUGAACGAUACAGUCAAAUGUAUGAUGAUGAAGCAAAGGUGUACAGAAGGUUUUUAGGAGAAGACUUCCCAGAUUGGAGAGAGUUGAUACCUGAUGCAUCUGUACACUUUACCAAUUCCAUUCCCUACUUAGACUUUCCAAGACCAUCAAUUCGAAAAACUAUUGACAUCGGAGGAAUUUCAGUGGAUCUUGAAAAAAUUCAAUCGGAAACGUUGAAUGGAGAUUUUGACAGGAUACUGGACUUGCGAGAGAAAACAAUGUUCAUUUCAUUUGGGACCCUGGCAAAGUCCAGUGAAAUGCCCAAAAAUUACAAGGAAAAUCUGCUGGAAGUUUUCAAAUCCGAGCCAAAUACAACAUUCAUAUGGAAAUACGAGCAUGAUGAUGUCAGAUUUGCGGAGAGCUUGGAAAAUUUGGAAUUAGUAAAAUGGGCUCCACAAACAGCACUUUUGAAUGACAAACGAUUAAGUGCAUUUUUGAGUCAUGGAGGAUUGGGAAGUACGAUUGAAACGGUCUUUUUCGGAAAACCAACCAUUAUGUCGCCUAGGAACUUCAAUAACUCUUCAAAAACCGAUUUGGGAAAUUUCGAUAAAUUAAAAUCAUGUUUUCAUCAAAUUUUGCACAAUGACAGUUUUCGAAAAAAUGCUGAACAUGUGGCAGAUGUUAUACGAAAUCAGCCAAUCAAGCCAAAAGAGUUGGUAGUCAAGUAUACGGAAUUUGUUGGGAACUACGGACCAUUCCAUCAUAUGACUCCAUACAGCUUAAAAAUGCCCUGGAUUCAACGAUAUGGAUAUGAUGUGUUGCUUUUCAAGAUCGGAGCAAUUCUAGCUCCCGUAGUAUUAUUGGCGGCUGCUUUCAAACUUUUCCUAAGACGAUUUUUUGUUUCAGUUGUCAAAAAGAAUAAAUAA